UAGCCACGACCUCUUUACCCAAUUUUCCGCUGUCAAGUGAAAUUGAAUUGGUACAUUUCAAAAAAGAUUGACUAUUGUAAUGGUGAUUUACCAAUCAUUGAUGAUACAAUACAUUUUUUUAGAAAACGACUGCCCCUCUCUUUUUAAGAAUUGAAUAUUACCGUUAAAUAUACUGAAUGAUAGUAACAGGAUUAUUGAUAACUGUGUCAUAGUUAAAUAUAAAACCCAGGACCCUCGGAAUACCGCUCUGCGGCUCUACCGCAUCACCGCUUACACAUUUUUCCCCUAAAUAGAGAGCAGUUCUGAACCGUGACAUUCUUCCCUGCAAAUAUUGAAAUUCGUCAUCGAAUUUCCAAAGGUUACAGAGCAAUGUGAAAUUAACUUUGAGCUAUACUAGUAUUCAGUCACGGUUCCACGUUGAGCGCCAAAUAUCACAGGGUAAGAAAAAUGUGCAGUCUUACCGGGACUCGUACCGGGGACCAUCGAAACAUGUUCCGCGGCUGUACAAACUGAGCUAUCCGGCCGCUUAAACAUUUUCCCCUCUAAAUAGUGAACAGUUCUGAACCGUGUCUUACCGCACAUAUUUAACAGAUUAAGGAUUGAAAGGCUAUUUUUGUAGGACGAAGAGCUCGUAAAAGAUGCUUUAGAAAUGAUAAUAGAACAAGCUGAGGAGAUGAAACAAGAAGCCGAAAAAAUGAGAGACGGUUACAAAGACGCCUAUACAGGUCUUCAAGAAAAUAUUGGUGAUGUGCUUAUUGGAACCAGCAUGUUGACAACGAAAAGAAACGUCUUAAGGAAGAUAUGGAAACCGAAAAAAAAUAAUUUACGAGCUGCUAAACGGGGACACAAGAGGAAUUGGACGAGGAAAAGCAGGCAAUCGAUAACAAUCUAGAAAUGUUACAAUCAGAUAGAGCAAUGUUUAGAGAACAAGCCGGAAUGGCUGGUGGAAACAUGGCAGCUAAUGGUAACGAUGGAUUCAUUGAAGGUAUGAAAGUAGGAGCAUCAGUCGGCGGCGGUCUCGGAGCAUUUGUAGGCGGAGUUUUAGGCGGGAUAAGUGAUCUUUUUAAUCGAGACAAACGGAUGGAAGAGUUCAAAGUAUUGAUGGGAGCAUACAUGGAGGCACAGCGGGCGGUUGAGCGUGGUUUUGACAGGAAAAGGAAUGUUUUAAGUCGAAUCCAUGAGCAGCGUACACACUUGCAUAUAAACAUUUAG